AUGGCUUCAGCUGGUGUAGCCCCUUCUGGGUACAAGAACAGCAGUAGCCCUAGCAUUGGUGUGGAGAAUUUGCAAGAUCAGAUGAAUGAGAUAAAGAUUAGAGAUGAUAAGGAAGUGGAAGCAACCAUAAUUAAUGGGAAAGGGACUGAAACUGGGCACAUAAUUGUUACUACUACUAGUGGCAAGAAUGGUGUUUGGAGCAAUUAG